AUGCUCGAAGAGGGGAAGCCAGAGAACCAACUCCGCCAGUACAUCCGAGGACACGCCGCGCGCUGGCGCUCACGCUCUCCAGGGCAUUUUGCCCCGAGCGAUGACUCCUGGCGCGAGCAAUGGCUCCAGGAGUUGACCGUCUCGAAGCACCUGGCCCAUCGCGCGCUGAGUGAGAACCCUGUCUGGAGCCCCUGCGUGGUGGGGCUAGACCUUGGCGGCGCUGGCGAGUCGAGCGCCGAGUUGUUCGCCAAAUCACCGCUGCGUGAACAUGUCACGUGGCUUCGAUACACCUACGGGUAUCGGCCCAUGAAGCCGCUGCUCGACGCGUUGAGCGAGACCUGCUUGAGGGCGAUGACGCUGGAGAGAGUGAGCGCGGGGCCAAGCCUUAUUCGCGCGAUCGUGGAGUAUGGCGAGCUCGAGCACCUGAGCAUCGAUUACGGCACGCGCGCUGACAUCAGCGCGCUCGCCAACCUGAAACAAGGCAAGCUGCGAAGCCUCGACCUCUACCGCGUCACGACGCAGGGGUUCGAGGACCUUAUCGAUACGCCCGUGCUCACCGGGCUCGAGCGCUUGCAGCUCUCGCAGGUCCGCCUGACCUGGCGCACAGCGAGCGGGAUGUUUAAAUCGAGCGCGGUGAGCAACAUCACCCGGCUUAUCCUGAGCGGCUGCCUGCUCGAAGAUCAUGACAUGCAUAUCUUUGGUGCCAGGUCAGGGCUCUCGGGGUUGCGAACGCUCGACCUGAGCGGCGGCAAGACGGGGGUGAACACCCCGGCCAAGAACAGGAUCACGAGCGCCGGGCUCGACGAGCUGCUCGAGGGUCCCAUCUGGCCAAAGAUCGAGCGCGUCAACCUAUCGGACAACAAGCUCCGCACAGCGGGCGGCGAGAGCCUCUUUACGACCCCUGCGCCAAACCUCGUCGAGCUCAACCUGAACAAGUGCCACCUGACGGACACCGCGUUCAAGCAACUGGGAGAAAAGGACGACUGGCCUUUGCUAAAGAAGCUCGACCUCUCGGACAACAAGUUCACCGAAAAGAGCCUCGAACAGAUCCUCUACAGCCCGGCGCUACAAAACCUCGAAGAGCUCGACAUCUCGGACAACCUCGUUCGAGAGCGCCUCGACGAACGCCUCGAAGAAGCGUUCGCGAGCGGCGCGCUGCCGCGCCUGAAGAAGCUGGUCAUGCGCCACGCGUUCUUUGAUCCCGAGAGCGACCUCCCGAACGUCGAGGUCUACCUUGUUUCUCUGGCGCUGUUUAUUUCGGGCGCCCUCCCCGGCUGCUACAACCGACAACUCGCACGAGCGGCCGAGGACCUCGAAGAGAGCGGCUACGACAAGCCGCGUUCUUUCGAAUACAAACUCCUCGGUCAGCGCACGGCCGAGGGAGAACUCGAGGUCGUGGUCGUGGAAGAAGGACGCCUCGACUUCCCACCCCCGGAGUGCACGAGCAUCACCCUCAGCGGGGGGAGGGAGAUUCAGGGAGGCGAAAAACACUGGCACUGCCUCUCUACAAUCGAGGGCGAAGGCCCCGAGAGCUCCAGGAACACCUGGCCAUACGGAGAGAGCAUUUACUCCAUCUAUAUUGACCCCGACACGGGCGAGCCGGAUCAGGUCGUCCUGGAGCUUCGAAAGUACGCGGGGAAGCCUCCCGAGAAGGGAUCGAUCUCGACGCUCCUCUGGUGCGAUCAUCUCCUGGAGUUCGAGGGUGCGCCCGCGCGCGGCGGUGACACCAUCUGUCGCGACGAGUCCAGACAGAGCACCUUCGAGAGCGUGAAGCUCGAAGUCACCGAGGCGAUCGUGGUUCGAGGUGCCAGAGAGCACAACCUCAAGAACCUCGACGUGACGCUGCCAAAGCGCAGCCUGAUCGUGUUCACCGGGCCGAGCGGCUCCGGCAAAUCGAGCCUCGCCUUCGACACGAUCUAUGCCGAGGGGCGGCGUCGCUACGUCGAAUCACUCUCGACAUACGCGCGCCAGUUCCUGGGGCAGAUGGAGAAGCCCGACUUCGAUCAAAUCAUCGGCUUGAGCCCGACGAUCUCGAUCGAGCAGAAGACCACGAGCAACAACCCGCGCUCCACCGUCGGCACGAUCACCGAGAUCUACGAUCACAUGCGCGUGCUCUGGUCAAAGCUCGGCGAGCAGCGCUGUCAUCAGUGUGGCUCGCCGGUGUCUUCGAUGAAGGCCGAAGCGAUCGUCGACGAGAUCCUCACCCUCCCCGAGAAAACGCGCCUGAUGAUCCUCUCGCCGCAGGUCCGCAACCGCAAAGGUGAGUUCAAGGAUCUGUUCGACAAGAUGCGCAAGCAGGGGUUCGUGCGCGCCAGGAUCGAUGGCGAGAUCGAGGAGCUCGAUCAGGUCACCAAGCUGCGCAAGACCUACAAACACGACAUCGACAUCGUCGUCGAUCGUUUGAUCGUCAAGAAGGACGCCGCCAAGCGCAUCGACGAGAGCGUCAGGCUGGCGCUCCGUCAUGGCGAAGGUGGCUGCAUCGUGCUGACGAGCCCCAAGGAGGGCGAGCCCGAGGAGCAACUCUACAGCACGCAACGCACCUGCCUCAAUUGCAAGAUCGCCUUCCCCGAGCUCACCCACCAGUCCUUCUCCUUCAACACCCCCACGGGCCAAUGCCCGAGCUGUCGCGGCCUGGGAAUGCAGGAGCAGAUGGACCCGGACGUGCUCGUCAUCGAGCCCGAACGCAGCGUGCUCGAUGGCGCCAUCGAGGCGCUCGGGCCAAACCCCAAGAGUGAGGAAGGCAAGAAGUUCGCCUACAAGAAAGAGGUCAAGCCGAUCUGGAAAGAGCUCAUCGAGGUCGCCGAGAAGAUGGAUCUUCCCAUCAACCAGCCAUGGCAAGACAUCAAGCAAGAGGAUCGCAACUACAUCCUCUAUGGCUCCACGCGGGGACGUCGCAAGCACCCGCGCGGGUUCAAGGGGGUCGUCCACGAGCUCGAGUCGGUCUUGAGCAACGCGAGGAAGUCUGCCACGCGCGACUUCUUCAAGGAGUUUCUGACGCGCCAGACGUGUGAUAGCUGCGAGGGUGGACGGCUUCGCCCGGAGAGCGCGGCGGUUGUCUUCGAGGGCGCGCGCAUCACCGACCUUUGCCUCGAGAGCAUCGAUCGAUCGCGCGCGUUCUUUGACGAGGUCGAGCUCGAAGGGGACGCGCUCCUGAUCGGCGGCGAGCUGCUCAAGGAGCUCAAAGAUCGCCUCCGGUUUCUAGAGAACGUGGGGUUGCAAUACCUUGAUCUGCACCGCACCGCCGACACGCUCUCGGGCGGGGAAGCGCAGCGCAUUCGCCUGGCGAGCCAGCUCGGCAGCGAGCUCUCGGGCAUUCUGUACGUACUCGACGAGCCGAGCAUCGGGCUCCACCAACGCGACAACCAACAGCUCCUGGAGACGCUGCAAGACUUGCGAGAUCGCGGCAACUCUGUGCUCGUCGUCGAGCACGACCGUGACACGAUGGAGGUCGCAGAUUACAUCGUCGACUUUGGCCCAGGCGCGGGCAAGAAAGGCGGAGACAUCGUCGCCAGCGGAAGCUUCGAGCAAAUCUGUGAUUCACACGGCACGAUCACGGGCGAUUACCUCGCGGGCAGGAAAGAGAUCCCGAUCCCGGCACAGCGCCGCCCGAAUGAUGGCGACGCGUUUAUCAUCAAGGGAGCCUCGGCGCACAACCUCCAGGGCGUGGAUGUGCGCAUCCCGAAAGGGUGCUUUGUCUGCGUGACUGGUGUCUCGGGCGCAGGCAAGUCGACCCUGGUCAACGACAUCCUCUACCCAGCCAUCGCGCGACACGUUUACCACAAGCACCGCACCGUCGGAGCGCACGAGUCGAUCGAGGGAUUGGACCUCUUCGACAAGGUCAUCGAGAUCGACCAGAAGCCGAUCGGUCGCACGCCGCGCUCGAACCCGGCGACCUACACCAAGGUCUUCGAUCAUAUCCGCACCUCGUUCGCCAACCUUCCCGAGUCCAAGAUGUACGGCUUUGACAAGGGGCGCUUUAGCUUCAACGUCGCGGGCGGUCGUUGCGAGGAGUGCAAGGGGGAUGGCGCCAAGAAGAUCGAGAUGAGCUUUUUGGCCGAUGUGUAUGUGCCUUGCGAGGUUUGCCUCGGGAAGCGCUUUAACGACACCACGCUGCGCGUGACCUACAAGGGGCACAGCGUCUCGGAUGUUCUCGACAUGACGAUCGCCGAGGCUUACGAGUUGUUCGAGGCGCACCCGAAGAUCUCGCGCAUUCUGCAAACCUUGCUCGACGUGGGCCUGGAUUACCUGCACCUCGGGCAGCCCUCCCCCACCCUCUCUGGCGGCGAGGCGCAGCGCAUCAAGCUCUCGCGCGAGCUCGCAAAGAUCGCCACUGGGGACACGCUCUACAUCCUCGACGAGCCGAGCACCGGCCUCCACUUCGAGGAUAUCCACAAGCUGCUCAAGGUCGUCGAUCGCCUGGUCGAUGCGGGCAACACGGUGGUGAUGAUCGAGCACAACCUCGACAUCAUCAAAUACGCGGAUUACCUGAUCGACCUCGGCCCCGAGGGCGGGGAUAAAGGUGGCGAACUCAUCGCGGUGGGGACACCGGAAGAGGUCGCCAAGGUCAAGGGCUCUUACACCGGGAAGUUCCUGGCCAAAGAGCUCGCGCGCUAA